UAACAAUCUCCACACCACUCUGGCCUUUUGACCGGCUUAUACAUACAGACAACACAUUCAUUGCUCUCUCUGCAGCUGUUGUGAACUGGCAGAGCAGAGAAGCACACAAAUCUGAAACAUAAAACCCCCCCUCUCUCUCUCCCCUCAGUCUCUCUGUCAUUCUAAAAUUCCCCCGCCUGAAUUACAUGUAUGGUUUGCUUUCGGAGAGGUCCAGAAAGUGCAAUUCCUCAGCCUUCAGCUCAGCUGCUUCGUCCCCCAUCUUUGUUUAUCAAGAACAAGAAUAACCAUUUCUUGGUUCUUCUCAAUCCAUCCCUCUGUAUCUCUCUGGGUCUGAUCCGACCUCCACUCUAAUCUCUCUCUGCCAUCGUACGCUCGCGGCUCGCCUGUUCCAAUACAAGCAGUUGAAUUUUCUGUAGAGUAGGCUUAUGGAGCCUGAUUGCCAUAAAAGGGGUGGCAAAAGGAGCUUUGUUUCUUUCCAAAACGGCCAAUUGAGCAUAACAAGUUCUCUUGAUGAUUUGGAUCCAUGGACUUCUUGGGCAUACAAACCGCAUACAAUUACUUUGUUAUUUAUCGGUGCAUGUUUUCUCAUUUGGGCCAGUGGAGCUCUAGAUCCAGAAAGCAUGUCAACAAGUGAUCGUUCCGUUUCUGUGAAUAGGGGAGUAUGGGCGAUGGUUGCAGUUUAUCUUGCAUACUCUUUACUACAAGCCCCUUCGACGGUUCUUACCAGACCCCAUCCUGCAAUAUGGCGCCUUGUUCAUGGAAUGGCUGUCAUCUACCUCGUUUUGUUAACAUUUUUUCUUUUUCAGAAGCGUGAUGAUGCUCGGCAGUUUAUGAAAUAUCUACAUCCUGAUCUCGGAUUUGAACUCCCUGAAAGAUCCUACGGUGUUGAUUGCCGAAUCUACAUAUCUGAAAGUACAACCAACAAGUUUAAGAAUGUUUAUGAUACCUUGUUUGAUGAGUUUGUUCUGGCUCAUAUUCUUGGGUGGUGGGGAAAAGCCAUAAUGAUUAGAAAUCAGCCACUUUUGUGGGUCUUAUCAAUUGGCUUUGAGUUGAUGGAGCUUACCUUCCGUCAUAUGUUACCAAAUUUCAAUGAGUGCUGGUGGGAUAGUAUUGUUCUUGACGUAAUCAUCUGCAACUGGUUUGGUAUAUGGGCAGGGAUGAAAACCGUUAGGUACUUUGAUGGAAAAACAUAUGAGUGGGUCGGUAUAAGCAAACAGCCAAACAUUAUAGGCAAAGUGAAACGAACACUGGGACAAUUUACUCCAGCAUGUUGGGACAAAGACGAAUGGCAUCCACUUCUUGGUCCUUGGCGGUUUCUUCAAGUUCUGAGUCUUUGUGUUGUAUUCUUGACUGUUGAGUUGAACACAUUCUUCCUCAAGUUUUGCCUGUGGAUACCUCCAAGAAACCCUCUUGUCGUAUACAGAUUAGUCUUAUGGUGGCUAAUUGCAAUACCGACCAUUCGCGAGUACAAUACUUACCUGCAGGACAGAAACUCGGUAAAAAAGGUGGGAUCAUUUUGUUGGCUGUCCCUUGCUAUAUGUAUUGUUGAAUUCCUAAUGUGCAUAAAGUUUGGACAUGGAUUGUUUCCUGAGCCAAUGCCCAAGUGGUUAGUAGUCUUCUGGGCAUCCGUCGGGGUUGGCCUUAUUACAUUCUUGAUAGCUUGGUCACAUCAAUUGAUGAGAAGAAAGCGGCAAUGAGUUUUUUUACCAAUCCCGCAUUUGAUACCUCAUUCUUUGAUUCGUUAUUCAUGUUAUAGAAUGUCUUUGUAAAUGUUGUCUGGCUGCAAUUGUAUAUACAUUGUGUUGUAUGCUCACGUUUCAAUGGUAAAAGGAUGACUCUAGAGAAAACUUUUCUUUUUAUUUUCAAGAAAAGACAUGUCAUUUCUCCACAUGGCGUCGUGUCAAAUGUGCAAGUGCGCGCUACACUUCAUAGGUCUCGGAGUAGUGAUAGUUUUUUCUAUCUUUCUUAUGUUUAUCUUUUUUCGUCUUUAUCAUAUCUUUUUAUUUUUUUAUCUUAUCUUAUUUUUUUCCUUUUAGCUCCGAUUUCAUAGGUAGUCUCAUGUUAGCUUGACCCAAAUUCUCUUUGAACUUAAGUUUCAAUGUUAUAAAUCAAUUCAUAUUAGUCGACUCUAAA